UGUUUACUUCAUACAUAGGCUAUAUGUUCACAUGCCGUGACUCAGGUUGCAAAGCCAUGGCCAGCUACAGCAGUAAUAUGAUGAGGUGUGCACUAGCGAUAUUCCUAGCUAUCCUGGUGCUACAAGUCAGAAGCAGAAAGCCAAAUAUCGUUCUGAUGAUUGCAGACGACUUGGGGUACGGAGAUGUCGGCUGCUUCGGAAACUCGACGCUGCGGACGCCGCACAUUGACAGCCUGGCCGCGGACGGAGCCAAGCUGACUCAGCACCUGACAGCCUCCAGUCUCUGCUCUCCUAGUAGGGCAGCGAUGUUGACAGGUCGCUACCCGGUUCGAUCAGGAAAAUGGCAUCUUGGCUGGAGUAAAGACCGACUGUCCGAUUUUGCACAUCAUCCAAUGAAACACGGAUUUGACUAUUUUUACGGGCUUCCUCUCACAAACAUCAAGGAUUUUGGGUCUGAGGGGGAACGCCUAAUGAAGUCCGUUGACCCAUACAUUUAUUACCGCAUACUGAGCAUCUUCCUGGUGAUGUUCAUCACAGCAUCAUGUCUAUACAAAUCUAACAACAUCGGAAUCCUCUUUUUUCUCUUGAUUCUGUUCACAAUCACAGCUGUUUUCGGUCUCCUUUACUUUGUUACUGACAAUUUCAAACUGUUAAACAGCCAGAUUUACCGCGAGUACGACAACGUGGAACAACCUAUUGACUUGGAGACGCUGAUGCGAAAGCUGGUCAUUGAAGGUCAGGAGUUUCUGGAGGAAAGAAGCAAAGACGACGCUCCCUUUUUGUUGGUCAUGUCGUGGACACAUGUCCAUACAUACCUGCACCCGGCGAAAAGAUUUGGUGGCAAGAGUCGACAUGGGACAUACGGUGACUCGGUCGAGGAACUGGACUGGGCUGUGGGCGAAAUAUUGAAGUCCUUGGAACAACUUGGGUUCAAGGACAACACCAUGGUAUAUUUUACAUCGGAUAACGGAGGUCACUUGGAGGAAAGAAACAAACACGGAGAGCCUCAUGGUGGCUACAACGGGAUCCUAAGGGGCGGUAAAGCCCACGGUACAGUGGAUGGAGGUAUCCGGGUGCCCACAGUGAUGAGGUGGCCUGGUCACAUCACACCAGGAACAGUGGUGGACGAACCAACCAGCCUCAUGGACGUCUUGCCCACGGUUGCCAAGGCGAUGGGAGCGUCAGUACCAGACGACCGCCAGUUGGAUGGCUACGAUCUCUUGCCGCUACUCCAGAAACAAACCCUAGUGUCUUCACACGAGUUCAUGUUUCAUUACUGCGGUACGGAGGUCCAUGCUGUGCGGUACAGACCACGUGAAGGUAAAUCCGUUUGGAAGCUGGCUUUAAAAGAACCACCUUACCUUCCUGGACAGGAUGUUUGUAUGUUCAUAUGCCAUUGCGCAAACUCGAUAACACUCGAUCCACCUUAUCUCUACGAUAUGACGUCAGACCCAGGAGAAAGGCGACCAAUGAAUGCAACUGACCUUCCCGAAAUAUACCACAAGAUGCAAGAAGCUUUGAAAGAUCAUCAACAAGGCUUAAUACCAGUUGAAACUCAAUAUUCGCUCGCCAAACUCUUUUGGCGACCGUGGCUUCAGCCGUGCUGUAAUAGUAAUUACCCUACAUGUUCGUGCACAGAUCCGAAAUUUAACAAUAAGAAGUACAAAUUUGAUUAACUAGUGGACUUUGUAUUGACACAUGUCAUGUUGAACUAAACACAGGUGAUAAUGAUUAUGGUGAUUGCUCAGAGUUCAUGUUGCAUGUUGUAAACGUUUUUGCGAAUUGUAAUCGACAUGAACUCUGCGAAUGACACAUUUUAGCCUUAAUCUGCAAUUCACACUGUACAAACCACUGGUAAUCCCAAACAAACCCUGGAUGCGUAUCUGAUUGCUGUUGUUUUGUUGUUUUUGUUUGUGGUUUUUUUUUCAAUUAAUAAUUAGGCCAAACAGAAUAGGUGUUGUUCCUAUUCCAUAAGCCAGAAACAUUAGAGUAGGUAUGUAGGCUCAAAUGGUUUUGAGGCAAAUUAUUUAGGGUAUGCUUCAAUUGUGAAUAUUGUGCAAAAGUUAAAAAAAAAAAAUCCACUUGUUGGUGAUAUCAAUUUAUGCUCGGUCGGUCGGCAAUUUUUAUUUUUUGUUUUUGUGAUUUUGUUUAAAACGUUAGAGUUUCUAUGGACGGUCGUGUAAUCGGAACCACAACUAUUAUUUUGUUUGGCCUUAUAUAAUCCCAAUAGCAUUACACCCGGGGUUGUAGUUUGGGUAAUGUUUUAAAUCAUGUGCACCUCUAAGUAAACCGGGAGUAUCUUGUAAGACCACAAGUCAUUAUUCUCGACAUUCCAUUGUUUUAAUCACCGGCAUUAGAAAUGUGUUCUUAAACACCCAUGUGAGGUUUAAAAUAAAAAUUGCGUGUUUCAGGGAAUCUUCAGAAGAAAAAAUAGCUAGAAUAUUUUGGCUUUUGUUUUCUCUUCAGGCCCUUACAGGGCUCACCAUGGAUAAAAAAAUAGCUAUAGUAAAUAUACUAGCCACCAGAGAUUUUUAUUAACAAUAAUUAAAGUGUUUCAGUCCAAAUUAAUUUGCGCAGUAACGUACGUUAUGUUUCAGUACAAAUAAAUUUGUUGGUAAAUACGUUUUGAAAUAACAUUUAAGGUUUGCAUUUACCAUAGUUUGACACCGAAUAGCCGAUGCAAUUGUCUUUCUGGGGUGUCGUUAAACAUCUAUUCUAUUCUAUUCCAUUCUAUUCUAUUCUAUUCGAAAUAACUCGCUGGAAGACAAAAUGUUAUCCAACGGCCACUCAUGUAGUAUUCUUUAUGAACCAAAUAGUGUAACAGUGUAUCGUUAUGUGAUGCUUGUGUAAUUGGUUCCAUUUUUAUGAUACUGCUGACAUUGAAUGCAUAAGUCGGUUAUUCUCUCUCUAUAUACUAAAUACAUGUACCUGUAUAUAAAUACAAUGCACCUGGAUGUUAAUAUGAUACUGAUGCUGUUUGUGAUGUAUUAAUAAAUAUUAAAAUAUUAAUAGUCUUUUAGACGUAGUUUAUCUAUCCAUAUGAAUGUUUCAACUUGAUAUAUGUUUGUAAAUUAACUCUUACAUGUAUCUUUAUCAUGAUAUUGUUUUGUAGUAAACUGUAGUUUUGUUUGGCAUUGUAUCGCUAUAAAUAAAUUACAUUUGUA